AUGGGAGAAUCUUUCGCUUUAUCUGCUCAUGAUGCCUCUAGCAAUGUUCUUCCACAACCAACACCCACUCUUGUUGCUGAAGAUGACGACGAACCCCCUAGUAGUGGGACGCCCCACAAUCGGCAGGCUCAAAUGACUGAAAGGUCGAACGAUGUAUCUACGCACUCUCAACUUAACGACCAUGAUAUCCGCGAGAAAGAUUUUGCUCGUGUCGACAGUAUCUCGGUCAAGCAGGUCGCCUCGGGGCACCAUGCAUCAGAUCUUACAGAAGAGGCGAAGUCCAGUCGCGACAUCGUUAACGUAGUUGAUUUGGAGAAGGAUGAGCACGCUGAAGAAGGUGCACCACGUCGGCGCCGUCGAAGGUUCAGGGUGGUGAAAAUGUCUCCUACUGCACGCUUCCGGGCGCUUAUUGCCUCAACUCGUUCCACCGGCCCCCAGCCUACAUACCGCGCUUCUGCCAUGGCGAUGUUGCGAUACUCUCCUCUCAAUAUUCUUUUGGUCUUCAUUCCAGUCUCAUGGGCCCUUCAUCAUGCUCAUCAAAGUCCUACUUUGAUCUUCGUUUUCUCGAGUCUGGGAAUUGUACCUCUUGCUGCCUUACUUGGUCUGGGUACGGAGCAGAUUGCUCUUCGAACGACUCAAAGUGUCGGAGGACUUCUUAACGCUUCGCUGGGAAAUCUCAUUGAGAUGAUCAUUUCUGGCAUCGCUCUCAAACAGUGUGAAUUAGAAGUUGUUCAAAGCACACUGCUGGGCGGCCUGCUAAGCAAUUUAUUGCUUGUUCUGGGAAUGGCCUUUGUUGUCGGAGGCUUCCGUUUCCAUCACCAACAGUUCCAUCCUAUGGUUGCGCAGCUUAACUCCUCUUUGCUAAUAGUUUCAGUCAUUUCGUUGACUAUCCCGGCUGCCUUUCAUCAAUAUCUUGAGAAUCGACUUCCCUCUGGAACCGAACUCGACAUAAUUUUGGAACUAAGUCGCGUCAGCGCUAUCAUCUUGAUAUUAAUCUAUAUCGCUUACUUGUUCUUCCAAUUCUACUCGCACAACCAUUUGUUCAAGGACACCAUCCAAGAAUACAGUGUAUCUACCGGUUCUAGCACUUCUUCCAGUCGUAGCCGACGUUCCACAACACCUACCCUCCCCCUUCCUUCCAUCGCCCCUUCCUCGGCAUCAACAGCAUCUAUCACGUCGUCAACAUCUUCGGAAGAAGAAGUCCAGAAAGUCAACACCGUCUCGGCGCUUAUCCUUCUGGUCACCGUUACCGCCCUUGCAUAUGUGACUGCCGAAUAUCUAGUGGAAUCACUAGAAGGUCUUGUCGCUGCGCAUCCCUCCGUAUCCAAAGAGUGGAUCACACUUAUCAUCAUUCCCAUUAUCGGCAAUGCUGCUGAACACACCACAGCCGUUAUCGUCGCUAGUAAAGGCAAAUUCGAUUUGGCGAUGAGUGUUGCUGUUGGCAGUUGUAUCCAGAUUGCACUAUUUGUCAUCCCUGUUUUGAUUCUUGUCGCUUGGGGUAUGGAUAAACCGCUCACGCUUCUCUUUGACCCACUCGAGACAGUGGUGUUAUUCUUAUCUGUCUUGCUCGUCAAAUUUUCCGUGGAAGAUGGAAAAUCGCAUUGGAUGAGUGGUAUUGUUCUCAUUGCCGUAUACGUGCUCAUCGCAGUUGCAUUUUGGCACUUCCCCGGUGACACCGUCAGGAUUAUCCAAGGUCAAGUUAUCCAAUGCUUCAAAUAA